AUGGCUCCUCCUAUCUUUUCGAAAAUUGGCAUAAUAGGAGCCGGUGUUAGUGGUGUCGCCGCAGCCAAACAGCUUAGGCACCAUGACCCCAUAGUUUUUGAGGCCAGUGAGACCAUUGGAGGGGUGUGGAGCCAUUGCUCUUACAGCUCCACCAAGCUCCAAUCGGCUCGCCGAGACUACGAGUUCUCGGAUUUCCCUUGGCCUAACAGAGAAGACUCUGGUUUUCCUACCUACCUGGAGGUCUUGGACUACCUUAAUUCUUACGCUCGCCACUUUGACGUGCUCAAGAACGUGAGGUUCAAUUCUAAGGUGGUGGCGCUCCGCUACCUGGGCGGUAAUAGUACUAGUUCUACUAAUGGCCAAAGGGAGCUGGCGGCGGAUCUCGGCGCCACACCGGACGAAUACGGCAGCCUCCUCCCGGGUCACCCCGUCUGGGAAGUUGCUGUCCAGACCAACGAUUCGGACGACAUUCAGUUGUACAAGUUCGAGUUUGUGGUGGUGUGCAUUGGAAAGUACGGAGAUGUAGCGAUGAUGCCAGAGUUCCCAGAAAAGAAGGGACCUCAGAUAUUUGAAGGCAAAGUUUUGCAUACAAUCGAUUACUGCAAACUCGACAACGAUGCCACUUCCCGUCUGCUUAAGGAUAAGAAGGUUGCCGUUAUUGGCUUCAAGAAAUCUGCUAUCGACUUGGCUUUGGAAUGUGCUCUCGCAAACCAAGGACCAGAAGGAAAACCAUGUACCAUGGUAGUAAGGACUCUGCAUUGGACAGUUCCCCAUUACUGGGUUUGGGGUUUGCCAUUUUUCCUUUUCUAUUCCACAAGGUCUGCACAGUUCCUCCAUGAAAGGCCCAACCAGAACAUUCUCAGGGUCCUCCUUUGCUCUCUUUUCUCUCCAUUAAUGAGGCAAGCGGUUUCAAAGUUCAUAGAAUCUUAUCUGCUGAGGAAGCUUCCUUUGGAAAAGUAUGGGCUAAAACCAGAUCACCCUUUUGUGGAAGACUAUGCAUCUUGCCAGAUGGCUCUUAUGCCUGAAAACUUCUUCCCAGAAGCUGAUAAGGGAAAAAUUGUGUUCAAAAGAGCAUCAAAUUGGUGGUUCUGGGAAAAGGGAAUCGAGUUUGAAGACAAGUCUAAAAUUGAAGCUGAUGUUGUAGUCCUUGCAACUGGCUAUGAUGGAAAGAAAAAGCUUAAAGCUAUCAUGCCAGAGCCUUUUCGCAGCUUAUUGGAGUAUCCAUCUGGUCUUAUGCCACUAUACAGGGGUACGAUUCAUCCUAUGAUCCCAAACAUAGGAUUUGUAGGCUAUGUCGAAAGUGUUUCGAACCUGCAUACAUCUGAACUGCGUUCCAUAUGGCUGUCUCGACUGGUGGACAAGAAGUUUAAGCUCCCAGGAGUGUCGACAAUGCUUGACCGAACACUUAAGGAGGUGGGAGUUAUGAAGAGAACCACCCGGUUCUACAAGAGGAACUGCAUUUCUACUUACAGCAUCAAUCACAGUGAUGAAAUAUGUGAGGAAAUGGGAUGGACAGCUUGGAGGAAAAAGACCUGGUUAUCUGAAGCAUUUAGCCCUUACAGUAGUCAAGACUACUUUAACUAAGAUUGAAGUUACCAUAAAAUGAAGUCAAAAGGAUCUGCAUCAUUUAAUUUAUGCUUUAGCUAAGCUUACUAUGUACUAUGUACUAUGAGUCUAUGAGUAGGAAAAAAAGAAGAGAAAAAUAAAAUUUAGGGAAAGUAAAUGCAUAUAUAGUGUAUCCAACAAAUGAUAAUCUAAAUAAUGACCUUGGUUGACUUGAGCAAUAUAAACAGAUGAAAAUUGACAGAAAUUGGCCACUUGUAAAUUUGUCAACCAAAUUAUA